AUGGGCUCAAUCGGUACCCUCGCUUAUGACCAGGACAUCCACACCAUUCACAUUCCGGAGGCCGUGCGUGCGACGGGCGUGCCCACGAACGACAUCAUCGCAGAAGGUGCAGCCUUUCUACACAAGGACGGCAUAAUUGUCCUUGACAAUGCCAUCGCUGUCGAGCACGUCGAUGCAAUCAAUGCAGUUCUCUCGCCCGAAGCGCUUGAGAUAGCGCGAGACCCGGAGCACCACUUCAACUUUGGGAAACACACUUCAAAUAUGGACCAAGCGCCUCCUCCGACGAAAUCACUGAUGUUCAAGGACGUGUGGUGUAAUCCGUUCGCGGCGGCCAUCCUGGCUGCAGUGCUUGGUCCAAAGCCUGUCAUCCAUUACGCGAAUGGCAACACGGCAUUGAAGGCAGAACCCGACGGCAGGCAACCAGUACAUUCUGAUUGCGAAUUCGCUCAUCCAGCAUUCUUUUCCUUCGCGCAGGUCAUCAAUAUUACUCUCGUCGACACUUCCCCAGAAAACGGAGCCACAGAGGUCUGGCCAGGGUCACACCAUGUCAGCGUGCAAGAUGUGCAUAUGAACGGCGAGGAGAACGAAGAGCAGCUGCCGAUCAGGCCUGAAAUCCUAGAGCAGAGGCGAAAGCACUCUCCACCCAUACAAGCAUGCACCAAAAAGGGCAGUCUGGUCAUUCGCGAUCUGAGAUUGUGGCACGCGGGGAGGCCGAACCUGACAGACGUACCCCGAGUUAUGUUGGCUUUUGUUGCACAACCUGCGUGGUUUCAGGCCAAGAGCAAGAUAGUGCUGCCGGAGGAUGUCAGAGAAACGGUCGAAAGCUGGAGCGACGAGCUUGUCUUCGACGCCGAGUAUGUUGACGGCGAGGUCGAUCACAAGAAACUGAGUAGCGCUGGCGUCGAUUUCGACACCAAAAGUGAAGCGCUAAACCGGUAUAGAGCGGAUCUGAUGCGAUGGCCGGACUAUGCCCCGAAAUGGUAUUGA